AUGUCUUCUUCCAACCAAGUCUUCUCCUUCUUUCUUGCUGCCCGUGCUCUGUGCCAUCGAAUGUACAAUGGUGGACUUGGGAUCGCACGUCGUCUUCGCUCAAUCUUUCUCUUUUUUGUAGGCAACCUUCACACUCUCUGUGGACGGAUGAUUGCUCGAAGCGUAGCGUGGACCCCUCUCUUUUCCUUCAGCAGCGAUCAAGCUGAUGAUAUCACGAUGGUUGUCCGCGUCUCUUCCACCAUGGGAUGCAGCCGCCGUGUGCAAGGCUCCUUGGCUGUUGAACAGUAUGGUAACACCACGCUUUUUCGGGUGCUGAUUGAUGGUCACGAGGUGAUCGAUGGAGUUGAUGGCAGCAACCAGCCCGGUGACCGCUUCCAAGGAGCCGUGUACCUUCCUGAAAGCGUUCAGUGGGAGCCAGUCUUCAAGAAAGUGAAGAGUGCCAAUACAACAUCCAUCCGUGGUCGAUGUGCGUUUGUGAAGUUUGGACCAAAUGUCUCUGGUAUCACUGCUCUCCAGGUCACUUUGAUCCAUAGCAACAAGAACAAGAGCUUUGAUGCCAAACGAGUGAGCGCAGCUUUAGAGGCAUGCAUUGCGAACGCUUCAGAGGCAGUCAACAUGGUGUCGAACAACAACAACAGCUUCCAUUUGUAG